AUGGCCACAACCUUCCUCUCUGCCUUGAGCCUCGCUCUACUCCUCAGCUCCGCCUCCGCCUCUGCCUACAAAGGCGGAAGCUGGCAGCAGGGCGAGUGCGAUAUCACUAGGAUCAACGCCAUGGAGCCCUCUUUCCGCCUCCAAUCUGAAGGCGGUGUUUCCGAGUUCUGGGAUCACAAUGCCAACGACUUCCAGUGCGCCGGCGUCUCCCUGCACCGCCACACCAUCCGCACCAGAGGCCUUCUUCUCCCUGUCUACCACAAUGCUCCCAUGCUUGUCUAUGUUCUUCAAGGUAGUGGUAUUUAUGGAGUGGCGAUCUCUGGGUGCCCCGAAACCUUCGAGUCGCCACAGCAAUCCCCGGAGCAGGGGAUGAGGAGCCAAAAAUUCGGUGAUCGUCAUCAGCAGAUCGGCUUCUUGAAACAGGGCGAUGUGGUCGCAAUCAGAGCCGGAGAUGCUCACUGGGCCUACAACAACGGCGACCAAGACCUCGUCGUCGUUGUUUUGCAAGACAACUCCAACAAUGCCAACCAGCUCGACCAGAACCCUAGGUCUUUCUUCCUAGCCGGAAACCCGAACUGGGGACAGGAGCAACAGAAGGAGCAGCUCCGUUUCCACGGCGAGAGACGCCACGAACAGAAACAGCACGAGUUCGGCAACGUGUUCAAGGGAAUGAGCGUGGAGAGCUUGGCGGAGGCGUUCGACGUGGAGGUGGAGACAGCGAGGAAGCUUCAGAGCGAGAAUGACGAGAGAGGAAUGAUAGUGAUCGUAGCCAAGGGUCUGCAGGUGAUCAAGCCACCAUUGAGGGAGAGAGAGACAGAGAGCAACGGAAUCGACGAGACCAUUUGCAGCACCAAGAACAAGGUCAACGUCGACAGCCCCUCACGCGCCGCCAUCUACAACCCCCAGGCCGGCCGCUUCUCCACCGUCAACAGAUUCACCCUUCCCCUCCUCCAGUUCAUCCAGCUCAGCUUCGCCAAGGGCUCUCUUCACAGGAAUGCAAUAAUGGCGCCACACUGGUUGAUGAACGCCCACAGCAUUCUAUACAUCACCCGUGGUGACAAGUUCAUUCAGGUGGUGAACCACAAGGGGCAGGCAGUGUUCGAGGGGCAGGUCCGGGAAGGGCAGGUGUUGGUGGUGCCACAGAACUUCGUGGUGUUGAAGCAAGCCGGCGAGCAGGGAUGCGAGUGGGUGGAGUUCCAGACCAAUGCUAACGCCAUGAUUAACACACUCAGCGGCCGCACCUCUGCCCUCAGGGGACUGCCUGUGGACGUCGUCGCCAACGCCUACCAGAUAUCGAGAGAGGAGGCAGAGACCCUCAAGAAUUCGAGGAGGGAGACGCUUCUUUUCAGCUCCAGCAGGCCUUCAACCAGCUUGAAGAUGGUUCCAAUUUAG